CAAAAUAUCAAAGUGGUCCAUGUGUACUGUCAUUUCUCACUAUGUGGCCGUCGCUGGGAAUGGUUUGUUUUAAGUGGUUUUAGAGUUGUGUCGAUUUUGAACGAGGACGACUAAGGUAGCUGAAGUCGAGCCACGUCCGCCACAGUCGCCAUUCUCAACUGAAUCGCCAGCUUUUCAGGGGUUAUUGGGCUGUGUCGCAGCAAGAACCCUAUUGAUUUUGAUGGAUAUCUACGUCACAAAGUGGCCGCAUGUAGCUGAGGUUGAAAUUCACGUCCGCCUUCGCCUUCCUUCAGCUUUGUCAUGUUUCUACCGGCAGCGACCGCCUUUGAGUUUUCCGUGGUUACGUUGUACGUCACGUAUCAAAUGAGAGCAAGAAUCCUCAUGCUUUGGAUUGUUAUACAAGAUGGCUGAGUUUGAGAAAGACCCAUGCUUUCAGUCGCCUUUCAUCCGCUCAGUGUUCUUAUUUCAUUUGUGUUGAAAUGUUUGUGCAACCUUUGUUCUAUUCAAUCUGUAGCCCCUCCCCCUAUUCUUUUUUUUUUUUAACCCCGAUCUAUUUUUGAAACUCCUUUUUCUUCUUUUUUUUUUUCUUCAUCUAUUUCCAUCCUCUGCUUUCCUCCGCCUCUCGUGUGUACGAACGCUCCUCCGAAGGCAGGGCUCCAUGUGCUCGCUUCCCAUUGGCUGCCCCUGAAAACCAUGAUGUCAUUCCCUGGCAUUUGUGCGAGGAGGGGAGGGGAGCGGAGGGGAGGGGAAGUCUGUUUCUCUCUCACACACACACACACACACACACACACACACACACAAACACACACAUUGAGCAGAGAGACUCCAGGAGCAUCCAUGGAGAAAAAGAAAAAGCUGUUCCAGGAGGCUGUUGUACAUUUCUUGUACAUAUGUUCAUUGCACAGUUAGAAGUGAAAUCUCUGAUUUGGUGGUCUUUUUGAUAUUUAAUGUUCAUUCAUGCAUUGCAUGCAUGCAGUUAGUGUAUGUUGCUCCUCAUUUCCUUGACAAAAUGCCUCAUAAAUCCUUCUUAGAUGCACUUUGGACAUGUAACUACGUGUAGAAAUGUUUCAAAAGAUUACAUGAUUUGAAAAAGACAAGUACAUUUACUUGGAUCGAUAAAAGACCUAAAUAAAAGUGUAAGAAAAUAAAACAAAGUUUAAAGUAAAUGGUUUAAUAAAAGUAUUAAAAAAUAUAAAUAAAAUUACUUCAAUAAAAGUAUAAAAAAAAAUAAUGACUCAAAUAAAAACAAAACAAAAAAAUAAAAAUUACUUAAGUAAAAGUGGGUCGCACAACUGGUCGCACGGGCUCCUGCGGGCAGUCUACAUGCAAAAAACGCAAGAAAUGCACUAAGGGCGUGUGUGUCGCAUGUUGAUUUUUUUCAUGUUGUGACCUGGGCUUUAAACGACCGUAGAAGAAGAAAAAUGCACGUCCCAGGUUGAGACCAUUUGAGAACCCCUGUUCUAGAUGACAUUACAGUCGUUCUUCGUUUAUGGCGGUUAAUUGGUUCCAGUCCCGACCGAGACAAGUGAAUUUCCGCAAAGUAGGAUUCAAUGUUAAUAAAUGGAAUAUCUUCGUAGUUAGAGCACAGAAAACCUGUUUGACUUUACCAUUAUUAGAGCCCUCUAGACAUGAAAUAGCACCCCUAUAGUCACUUUUACACCAAUAUUAUUCUUUGUUUACAUCACAUUGCACAGGCUACAGGAUGGCUACAGGACGGCUGCAGCUAGCAUAGCAAGUCAUCAUCAGUGCAGCAUAAAGACGUAAACUUGUAAAAAUUGUGUGUGUGUGGGGGGGGGGGGUUGAACAGCAGCGGUGCACGUAUGCGGUAUGUUUGACCUGUGUUAUCACCUAUUUAUAAAUGACGACAUACUUGGGAUGAUGGGAUGUGUUUUCUGUGGAAAUAAAGGCUUAUUUCUGGAGAAAAAAAUGAAUGUUUUGAUAUAAAAAUGAGUGAAGGGGGUGUCAGUUUGUUAUGUAGGAAGUUGUCUUGUGUUUAUUGGAGGGGGGAAAGCCCAUCUUCAUCGUCCUAUCGUCAGUCUGCUGCCUUUGUGCGGCUACAUCUGCCCUUGCAGGGAGGGGGUGCCGGGGGUGGGCACUGUGAUUUAUUCUUGAAUUUGUGCAGCCCCCCUCCCCUGUCACAAAAUGGGGUGGAUGGCUGGGGGGGUUGCCUCAAUAGCCUUUAAGCGUUAUGUUACCAGUAGAUCAAUAAAGAUGCUCCCUUUCUUUCCUUCCUCACUCCCUACUCUCUUCCUCCCUCGCCAGCCAAUCCAUCUAAUGCAGUUUCCUCAUCCCCCUCCCAUCCCUCCCUCUCGCUGUACAGGUGAUGUCAUUCUUUUCCAGCUGGAUUCCCCUCCCUCCCUCGCCAUUGGCGCCGCCGUCGCUCAUUAGCGUGCCGGUCCUCCGAGGCGCAGCAUCCUCUCUUUCUUGUGCCACCCAAAGUGUGUGAGGAGGUGGCGGGGGUGGGAAUGUCGGGAACUAGCCUCCCGUAGCGGGCGAAGGGAGGAGAGGGGAGGGUGGCGAUCGCCGCUGGGCACCGCCGGCCAUGGAGCUUCGCCGGCGGGCUCACGCAUGCUUGCCUGGCGCUCACUAGAAGAGUUGCAAAAGAGGAGGAGGUUCGGUCCUUGGCUCGUGUUGGUGGUGCAGAAGCAUCAUGAAGAUGCUGUUGCUUCAUCCUCUGAGGAGAAAAACAUCUGUAAAGCAGAAGAUGCUCAUUAGUGACCCUUAGUUUUUGCACAACUUGGAUGUUUAAUUGGAAAACUCUCCUCUUCUCUGUGGGAAUACUUUGUCAUCAUCAUUCACGCAUUGAGGAUUCUUCUUCUUUGGCUCCUUUUUUUUUUGGAAGGGGGCUUUCUUCCCUUUCUUUUUUUUUCCAUCUUUUGGUGAACGAGGGGGAAACUUCCCUCCUCCUCCCCUCUGUCAGAGAUGGCUUUCCUGGUCCGUUGCUAUGCCAACUGCUUGCAGCCGUGGUCCUCCAAACUUCCUGCCGACCUCAAUAAGAUGCACCUGACAGACCACGCCCACCAGCAGGUGACGCACGUGCCCCCCAGCCAGUCGGGCUGCAGCAUCGCCAGUGACUCGGGGAGCAGCAGCCUGUCUGACAUCUACCAGGCCACAGAGAGCGAGCUGGGCGACGUGGACCUGUCCGGACUCCCCGAGGCCCCCGUGGACAGCGAGGAGGAAGAAGAGGAGGACGAGGACCUGGAGAGAGCCUCAGAUGCGCUCCUCAGCCGGGACCUGGUCCGGGAGUGUCUGGAAAAAGACCCAGCCGACCGCAACGACGACGACAUCGAGCAACUCCUGGAGUUCAUGCACCAGCUGCCAGCCUUCGCCAACAUGACCAUGUUGGUGCGGCGCGAACUGUGCAGCGUGAUGGUGUUUGAGGUGGUGGAGCAGGCCGCCACCGUCAUUCUCCACGACAAGCAGGAGCUGGACCUCUGGUACGUCAUCCUGAACGGGGCGGUGGAGAUCGGCCACCUUGACGGCAGAGUGGAGACUCUCUGUAUGGGCAACAGCUUUGGCAUCUCACCCUCCCUGGACAAGCAGCACAUGAACGGAGAAGUCCGCACCAAAGGGGACGACUGCCAGUUUGUGUGCGUGGCCCAGGAGGACUACUGGCGCAUCCUCAACCACGUGGAGAAGAACACGCACAAGGUGGAGGAGGAGGGCGAGAUCGUGAUGGUAAAGGAGCACCGCGAGUUGGACCGCAGCGGCACCAGGAAGGGACACAUCGUCAUCAAGGGAACCCCUGAGCGUCUGAUCAUGCACCUGGUGGAGGAGCCCUCGGUGGUGGACCCCACCUACAUCGAAGACUUCUUGCUCACCUACCGCACCUUCCUGUCCAGUCCCAUGCAGGUGGGCAGGAAGCUGCUGGAAUGGUUCCAGAUGGAUGUCCUGCGAGACACGGUCACGCGCAUCGUGCUGCUGUGGGUCAACAACCACUUCAACGACUUUGAGGGCGACAUGGCCAUGACCCGCUUCCUGGAGGACUUUGAGAAGCUGCUGGAAAGCACGAAAAUGAAAGGCCAUUUGAGGCUGCUGAACAUUGCGUGCGCGGCCAAGGCCAAGUGGCGACAGAUUACACUGCAGAAGGCGUCCCGGGAGGCGCCGCUCUACUUCAGCGUGCAGGGCGGCAGUGAGCGGGGCUUCGGCAUCUUCGUGGAGUCGGUGGAGGACGGGAGCAAGGCUGCCGAGGCGGGACUCAAGCGGGGAGACCAGAUCAUGGAGAUCAACGGGCAGAACUUUGAGAACAUUUCUUUCUCCAAAGCCGUGGACAUCAUGAGGAACAACACGCACUUGUCCCUCACAGUCAAGACCAACAUAUUUGUCUUCAAGGAGCUCCUAAGCAGGAUCAUGCACGAGAAGAAGAACGGUGGCCCGCACAUUCCCAAAAUCCAGGAGAAGAAGGGCAACCGCUUCUCUAUCCCGGACCUACCCGGAGACAUGGAGUUCCCCACCGACCACAAGGCCACCAGGAAGAUGAAGGCCAACACUGUGUCGGGGGGGCGCAACAAGAUCAGGAAGAUGCUGGAGAAGACGCGCUUCAGUAUCCUGCCGCCCAAACCCUUCAGGGGCCUCUUUGGCGAUGGAGGCUUGGGUCAGUCUCAGGACGACAGCAUCGUGGGUACCAAGCAGUGUCGACACAGCGUGGCUAUCAUGCCCGUCCCUGGAAAUCUGUCAUCCAGCAGCCCAGACCUCCUCCAGCCGGCCUCCAGCGUCCUGGACUUCUCCAACCCUGCAGCACUGGGACUCUACUACAUCCCGGACCAGGUGAUCCGUGUGUUCAAAGCUGACCAGCAGAGCUGCUACAUCAUCAUCAGCAAGGACACCACUGCCAAGGACGUGGUGGCCCACACCGUCCACGAGUUCGGCCUCCUGCCGUCUGUCGACACCUACUCCCUUUGCGAGGUGUCCGUCAGCCCCGAGGGUGUCAUCAAGCAGCGCCGCCUUCCUGACCAGCUCUCCAAACUGGCCGACCGCAUCCAGCUGAACGGCAGGUACUACCUGAAAAACAACAUGGAGACGGAGACAUUGUGCUCGGACGAGGAUGCUCAGGACCUGCUGCGAGAGAGUCAGAUCUCGCUGCUUCAGCUCAGCACCAUGGAGGUCGCCGCCCAGCUCUCCAUGAGGGACUUUGAGCUCUUCAGGAACAUUGAAUCCACAGAGUACGUUGACGACUUGUUCAAGCUGGACUUGUCGGCGGAGAGCAGCAACCUGAAGCAGUUUGAGGAGGUGAUCAACCAGGAGACCUUCUGGGUGGCCACAGAGAUCCUGAAGGAGCCCAACGCCUUAAAGAGGAUGAAGACCAUCAAGCAUUUCAUCAAGAUCGCCCUGCACUGCCGGGAGUGCAAGAACUUCAACUCAAUGUUUGCCAUCAUCAGCGGUCUGAACCUGGCCCCCGUGGCGCGGCUGCGGAGCUCGUGGGAGAAGCUGCCCAGCAAGUAUGACAAGCUCUUCGGCGACCUGCAGGAUGUCUUCGACCCGUCACGGAACAUGGCCAAGUAUCGCAACGUCCUGAGUGGCCAGAGCAUGCAGCCACCCAUCAUCCCACUCUUCCCCGUCGUCAAGAAGGACCUCACCUUCCUACAUGAAGGCAACGACUCCACCGUGGACGGCCUCGUCAACUUUGAGAAGCUGAGGAUGAUCGCCAAGGAGAUCCGGCAUGUGGUGAGGAUGACGUCGGCCAACAUGGACCCCGCCCUCAUGUUCCGACAGAGGAAGAAGAGGUGGAAGAGUUUAGGGUCUCUGAGCCAGGGCAGCACCAACUCUAACAUCCUGGACGUGCAGGGCGGCGCCCACAAGAAGCGCGUCCGCCGCAGCUCGCUGCUCAACGCCAAGAAGCUGUACGAGGACGCCCAGAUGGCCCGCAAGGUCAAGCAGUACCUGUCCAACCUGGCGGUGGAGACGGACGAGGAGAAGCACCAGAUUAUGUCCCUACAGUGUGAGCCCACCUACACCACCAUUUCCAAGAACCUGAGCGACAGGCGGUCUGCCAAGUCGGACAUGUCUCCUGUGUCCCUGCGGUCGGCUCUGCCCUCGGGGAAGACCCAGAACAGGGUUUCACAAGUCCUCCAGGUGCAGGUCCCGCUGAACCCCCUGAGGAAGAAGAGUACUGCCAAAGACGUGGGCCCUCCCAACUUGAGUUCCCCCCAGGUGGUGAAGAAGCCCCCUGUCAGCUCGGCAGACGAGUGGAGCUCCAAGAGACCCUCAGAUGACACCGUCUCCACGGUCUCCUCCCUGCACUCCAGCCCGACCGUGUCGCCGCAGGGCUCGCCCCGCAAAGUGGGGGGCGUGGCCAAAGCACAGACCUCCAGCCAAAUGAACCUGUCAGGAUCUUCGUCGUCACUGACCAGCGACGCCAGCACCAAGGCGAGCACCGUCAGCCUGCGGAGCUACGGCAUAGGUUAUGCUCUGCUACCUCCCGGCAAAGCAGACAACUUGUCUGACUCGAGCCACAGUGAGAUCUCGUCGCGCUCCAGCAUCUGCUCCGUCGACUCUGUGCCCGCCCCCGGUCUUGACGAGCGCUGUAGCAACAACGUCAGCGGCAGAACGACCGCCGCCGCGUCUGUCAGCGGCGCGUCUGUUGGCACCCCGACCCCCGAGAGUGCGGCGGCGACGCACUUGAACGUCGACUACAGCCAGCCCAGCACGAGCACUUCGUCUGCGGCAUCCCGAGGCUACGUGACGCGAGCCUCCAACUUCACGGCGUCCGUCUCCACGGAGGAGUUGACCCCCGACCUCACCUCCCUAGACUCGGUGGCCGACAGCGGGCGUGGCAGCUGGACGUCCUGCUCGUCCAACUCCCACGACUCUUUCCAGAGCCUCCCGCCCUCCUCCUGCCGCCCCUGGGACCACGGCAUCCACGGACACCCGCUGGCCCUCCUCCCCCACCUGGGCGGCUUCAAACCCACGCAGCCGGCCUCAUUCGCCGUCGAGGCAGACGCCGCUGGCCGCGCCGCUACGGACUUGGGCUCAGUUGAGCUGGCCAGCCUGUCGCGGCAGAGCUGGGCGUCGUCCGGGUCACUGUCGGACACCUACGAGGGAAAUUACGGGACGGUCAAGCGGAGGACCGCUGCGGAGCAGCCGUCUUUGUCCUCGCCAACCAAUGAAGAGGGAGGGCAAAGCACAGACCCCGCCUACAAAACGGUGACGUCGAGCACAGACAAGGGCCUGAUAGUUUACUGCAUCACCUCCCCCGCCAAGGAUGAGCGUUACCGAGCCCCUCCUCCCACCCCUCCAGGCUACCAGGGUCUGGCUCUGGGGGACCUCAAAGACUGCGUGGUGCUGGGGGGCGCUCCACAUCCCAGGCCCCCCCACCUGAGACCGCCAGACUACAGCGUGGCCAUGCAGAGGAGUAAACUCCUGCAGAGCCCCGCGGCUGCCGGCAGCCUGGCCGAAGCUCGGAGGCUCGGCAGGGCCCUCGGGGGUCACAACCACGGCGGGUCGCCCGCCAUCCACCUCCCGGCACAGGAGACAACGGACAGCGAGGAGGAUGAACACGUUUCGGCGGUGUAGACUAGUCUACCAUGUGAGUUCCACGUCUGGCAUGAUGAUGUCCGGCUUCCUCUUGUGGUGAUCAAGUGACCCGCCUGGCUCGAAAGACGUUUUAAAGACGUGUCACGUCGAGGAGUGAAGAGCAGCUUUUUUUUUUUUUUGUAUUUGUCAUGAGGUGAAAUGGUCACAUGACACAUUUGUGUUGAGCACUUCUUCAAAAUGGCGGUCAUGUGAUGCUAGCUACCUUAGCAGCGUGCUACCUCCUGGACCUUUUAGACUUUUGGAACGAGCGUUUAUUUGGUAUAGAUUUUUAAAAAGACGCCAUGUUGUGUUUACAGUGUUGAUUGGACGAGAGCGCUAGCCCCGCCCAUUCCUGCCUGACCCCUCUGUUUGAUUGAAAUGUCAUUCCAUGUUUGUAUAUUUCAAAGAGGACAAUUUGUGCUUUAAGUGGUCUUCUACGUCCGUCUGCUUCCUUAGCAUCACUCGCAAGACUUCAAGCGCUAAUUUAAAUCUAUCAAUGGAUAUGAUAUCAAUGGAUAUGAUAUCAACUUAUAUUUUGCAGUGGUUGUUGCCUUAAAUCAGCCGUCAUGUAUCGAUGACAGACAGGAGUCGUCUGGAAAGGAAUAUUUUUGAAUAUAUUGUUACAAAAAAAACAACAAUCCGAUACAUUUUUUUGAUCUUUGCUAGCACCUCGUCUAGGUGUGCAGUCACUGCUGUGUGUGUGCAUGUGUGUGUGUGUGUGUGUGUGUGUGUGUGUGUGUGUGUGUGUGUGUGUGUCUAACAGAAAAGGGAAGGUCUGCUAAGUUAUUUUUUAGUUGCUGGUUUGCAGGACAGUUUGGUUGAUUGAGCCCCCCACCCCUAUCUUGGGCCCUUUGUGGGCCUUCUGGGUCUCUUUUGACCGGUUCAAGCAACCCUUAGGCUUCCCUAACUCCAGUCUGAGUCCUUUUUUUUACCUGGACACAUUAUUUGUCAUCUACACUCCUUGUGGAUCUCCCCUCUUAGACUUUUUCGACUGCUGUUUGGUCUCCUGGGAUCCCAUGCGGGUCAGUGUCUCCUGGACACCUCAUUCGUCACCGAGACUUCUCCUGGAUUUCCACAUUGACACCUGAUUAUGGGUGUCCUGGUCCCUGGUACCCUUGAUGGGUGUUCUGAUACCAUUGUUGGGUACCCUUGAUGGUCUCCUAGUCACUUUGAUGGUCUUCUGGUACCCUCGAUGGGUGUCCUGGUCCCUUUGGUGGGCUUCCUGGUACCCGUGGUGAGCAUCCUGGUACCCUUGACGGUCUCCUAGAUCAUUUUGGCACCAGACCCCUUGUGGCUCUCCUGAAUCUCUCCUGAACCUGUCACGGGUCUUCAUUGGCACCUUUUAGGUUGCUUUAAGUUCAACAUUUUUUGUUGGUGGUUGUUUUUGCACAGCUUUAUUUUAUUGGUCAUCUUGUCAAGGACAUGUCAGUAUUAAUCUUCUGUAGGCGUGAAAGUGUUGUACAAAGCUUGUAAAAAGGAUUUCUCAGUUGUCCAAACAUUGUUUUUGCCCUUUCGUUGUUCCAUGAGAUGUUGUUUAAUAAGACGAGUAAAUGCGAGCAGAAAUGCACAAUAAGCUUUUUAUUUUUAGUGUCGCGACACAAAAGGUUUUCAUUUUUCUUAAAAGUGGCGCUCGUCUGGUUGCUGUUUUUUUAUGUCUUUUACAAAGACAAACUCCAUUAUGCUUUGUAUGUAUUUUUUGUACAUAGUUGUUGUAUUUUCUGUUUUUAACAGGUUGUGUUUAAAAAAAAAAAAAAAGGAUUUUAAAGGAAACCAAAAAGGAGAUUUGUUUUUCUCUUCCAAAGUCUACUGAUUCAUGAAUUAGAAUUAGUAAUGAAUAAAAAUCCUUAAGCCCUUCAUGUGUCUUAUUUGCUCUUACGAUUGCUAUGGAUUAAACACAACUUCCUGUUUCAGUGCACACCAAAACAAAAGCCUUUUUUAUUUGUGUAGUAAUGUCACUCAGGGACGCCAUUAGAAACCAUAAAUCAAUUGUAAAUCAAUGUCUCUGUAUGUAGUACAUGUUAGGAAGUACUUCAACUGAUAGUAGUACUGUACUACUAGGUUGUAGUAGCAAGUUGGGCCUUCAGCUUCCCUUUGAGACAUUUCCACUCCCUGACAUGAAUCCACUCCAAUAAUAUUCAUAAUAAUAAUGAUUAUACACCCAUAGGUGUGUAGAAUAAUAUUUUCAUUCUUGUU